AGAUGUUGUAGCUAAAACUUCAGAAAUAUUACGCGUUGUGUUUGUUUGUUUUUUAAAGUUAAUAUUAACACGUGUUUACAAAUGCGUAGUACAUAUUAUAAGCCCCAGAAUGGCACAAACUGCAAAUAUCCCAAAUUAAAAGGUUCGGGUCAGAUUAAACCAGACCCUGCUGGCUCAGACAUGCCUCAGAAACCACAGAAGAGCUCUCAGACUGCACACUACAUCGAGCUGGGAGGUUAUCAGUACUGGCCUGUACUGGUGCCCAGAGGUAUCAGGCUGUACACAUACGAGCAGAUCCCCCCGUUUCUGAGGGAGAACCCCUACAUCACAGAUGGAUACAGGGCAUACUUGCCCUCCAGGCUGUGCAUCAAAAGCCUCUUCAUCCUGUCUAAUGAGACGGUGAACAUCUGGAGCCAUCUCCUGGGCUUCCUCCUCUUCUUCUGUCUUGGGGUGUACAACAUGGCCUCGGUGCUGCCGGCUGUUGGCGCCUCCAGAGAGGAUUAUGUCAUCUACUCCAUUGGACUCUUCUGCUUUCAGCUGUGUAUGCUGUGCUCGGUGGGUUACCACCUGUUCUGCUGCCAUCGCUCAGAGAAGACCAGCCGCCGCUGGAUGGCGCUGGAUUACGCCGGCGUUUCAAUCGGCAUCCUGGGCUGCUACGUCCCUGGAGUCUUCUACACCUUCUACUGUAAUAACUACUGGCGGCAGGUGUACCUGGUGACUGUCCUCGCCAUGAUCCUGGCUGUGUUCUUCGCUCAGAUCCACCCUCAUUACCUCAGCAAGCAGUGGAAGCAGCUGCGCUCGAUCAUCUUCUGCUCGGUGACUGGGUACGGCCUCAUCCCCACCGUCCACUGGAUCUGCCUCACGGGAGGUUUCUCCUCUGAACUCGUCCAGGCGUUUGUUCCUCGGGUCCUGGUGAUGUACUUCAUUGCAGCUCUGGCUCUCAUUUUCUAUGUUUCCAAAGUUCCUGAGCGGUACUUCCCAGGUCAGCUGAACUACCUGGGCUCCAGCCAUCAGGUUUGGCACUUGCUGCUAGUGCUCAUGUUUUACUGGUGGCACCAAUCAUCAGGCUUCAUCAUGGCGUACAGGCACAGUCAGCCGUGCCCCAACACCCCCCAACACGCCUAGAUCGCUGCUCAGCACGCCAGGACUGCAGCUCCGAUGAACCCUCCUCUGUUCUGGUCUCGGUCCAUCAGUUUCCUCACAGAUGGACUCUAACCUGUGAGUCUCUGUGAUGAGGGAGGAGGAAUAAAUCCAGCGUGUGACGUGACGUUUGAGUACUUCAAGCUAAUAAGAAACAAUACGGACCUCUGCGUCGGACUGACAGCUCACCUGAAAUCACUCAGACUGUCACCUGCUGAGGCACCUUUAUAAACUCCUUGAGGACUUAAUGUUUGUGUGUAACCCGCAGACAGCACUGAAGGAACGGGUUGGUAAUGUUAGUUUUUCUGCCUGGAAAUGAACCCGUGUCCAGCUGUUUUUAAAGGUUGAAAGCUGCUUCAUCUGACAGCAGAUUCAGGUUCGUCCCUGAAAAAGGAGAUGAACUAAUGUCAGUAUUAUUAUACUACGAGUAAACAGACUCAAGAUUUCUGAUAUCUUCUUUAAAAACAGACUCUGAAGUCUUUGUUAGUGGAAAUGAUCAAAGCGUGGGGAUGAUGUUCAGACUGAACAAACCAAAGAGUUUUGUGAAACAAAGUGCGGACUCAGUGCGGGCCACAGAUGGUUUCAUAUAAAUGUACCCACUCUAUUUCAUACCUGAAGCUCUGUUGUUGUUUUUUUAAGCUGCUCACUUCCUGUUCAAACUGAUGUUCAUUUAUAUGUAAAGAAUUUCACAGGAUGCUUUGAAGGGGAACUUUAAAUAUUUCAGUUAUUUUAUGUUGUUCUGUCGUAAAGAUGUGAGUCUUCUCUUCCUCGUCCUUAUCGGUGGUAACUCUGUGGGGUGAGGGUGGCUGUGGGGAUGCUCGUGAGUCUCGUAAAGUUUGAUAACUGCGUCCCAGCCGAGAGCUGCAGGAAUAAGUCCUAAAACCCCAGGAAGUGUUUCAGUCUUCCAGCUUCGUCCAGUUCAGUUCUGCGUUUACUUCCACAUAAUAAAAGAUGGGCGUAGCUUCCUGGCCCGCUGUCCUGACCUCAGUCUGGUCAUAAUGAAUAAAAUGUGACGUCAGGUUUGGGUCGUCGUAAAAAGACGUCCACACAGGAAACGAUAACAGGAAGUCAGCGAUGGCCACUUGAACUAUAAGGAAACCUUCGCCAUCCCUGCAGUGCUAUGAACGUUGAUAUUUGUUACUACAAACUGUUUAUUUUCUUGUUUGUUAAAAAAUUUUGAGCAUUUGAACAAUCAAACUUAAGUUCUAAAACCCUAAAACAUCAGAUCUGUCACAGGAGGGCUUUUCUGUAACUAAGCUGGGACAGUUUUUAGAUUCACGGGAUUUAAGUAUUUCACAUGAACUGCAUUAAUAUUUCUGUGUAGCGUGCGGCUCUGAUAGCUACUGUAAACUCUGAUCACUUUACAACAGAACUUUUAUUAUGACAAGCAAACUUCAUUUUUGAAAAUGUAUUUUUUCUCUUCAGCUUUUUAAGGACAUGUUUUUUCCAGCUCGUUUAGGGUGAUGUGCAAUGUUUUCAUGGCUCCCCAGUGCAGCGUCUCUCUGCUGUCUCACUCUGGAACGGAAAGCCGGAUGUUUUCUGUGUGACCGUUUAAUGAUUCUAAUGUUGAAAAGGGGGAAAUGUUCUCCGGUUUGUGGUUCUGUAUUUAAAUUAUUAAUAAUGAGUUUCUUUUUGUCUUAACAGACUCAUUUUGUAGGAGCGGAAAGUUUUAUAUGUUGACUUUUCAUACCUGAGGUCAGACUCUAAAUAAAAGUAACCAUGUGCUGUUUCCAGA